AUGGACAACUCGUUGAAAACAAAGCUCCUUCAGCUAGAAUGCCAUUUUACGUGGGAUUUCAAAAAAGAAGACACAAGCAUUGCUGAUUUGGAAGAGAGACUGCAUGAAGAAAUUCAGUUUUCCCAGAAAAAAUAUAAGGGAAGCUCAUACAAUUACUUGGCUUAUGUGAAACACAUGCAAGGUUUAAACAAAGAAGCACUGACAUUUCUAGAACAAGCAGAAGAAAUUACAAGGAAGGACCAUGGAGAUGAAUUUGAGAAGCUGGUCAUUGUUACUUAUGGGAACUUUGCCUGGGUGUACUAUCACAUGGGUGAGCUCACCAAAACUCAGAGCUACCUAGAGAAGCUGGAAGACAUUUGCAAGAAGUUCCCCAACAAAGCCUCCCGCUACAGUGUCCUCCUUCCUGCUGUGUAUGGGGAAAAGGGAUUGUCCUUUUUAAAGUUAGCUGAACAAGCUCUGAAAAUGUCACCAGACAACCCCCAAGUAUUUCGAUAUGUGGCAACACUUUACAGAAAGCAGAAGUCUUUUGACAAAUCUUUGGAACUUUUAACAGAAGCACUGAAAAACUUACCUAAUUCAAGGUUUCUGAACUACCAAAUAGCCCUGUGUUACAAAUCCAAAGCAUUGAUUUUGAAAAGACAAGGCGAUCAUUAUCAGAAGAACAGACACAUCUGCCAACUCUCCAGGCAAUACAUUUUUCACUUGGAGAAAGUGGCACAGUCGAAUCCCUCAUUUGUUUACCCUCAGAUAGAUUUGGCAGAAAUGUAUGCAGAAUACGAAAACAUUCAAAAGGCAGAAGAACUAUUUCAGAUUUUAUUUAGUUUGACUACUAUCACACCAGAAGAGAGGCAGACACUUCAUCGUCGUUAUGGAAUUUUCCAAUUACAAUAUAACAAUCAAAGCAGGGGGCUAUAAAACACUUCAAAGAAGGAUUACAAAUACAAUAUCCCUCUUUGGAACACAAGAGGUGUUAUGAUAAACUGAAAGAAAUUUC